AUGGAGUGCGCCGACGGGACACCAUGGAGUGCGCCGACGCGACACGCAAGUGAAGACCAGGAACAGGCUGGUGGGCCACAUUUCAUCAUCGCCCGGCAGAAAGGGCCCCAGCAGGCGAUUCUUUCAGUGGACUUCCGGGUGCAAGUGGAAAUGAUCGGCUGCCUGUAUCGCCAGGGUGAAACACGACUGCGAAAAGUGACGAGCAGGGCAAGCCGGUUCUCUGGGCGAAAGGCGAAAGGCGAAAGCGAACGACUUGCCUCGAAGGAGGGCAAGAUCCAGCACAUGACGCCCGAGCUGUGGCAGGCCAAGAAGAUUGUCGACUCGACGCUGCACCCGGACACGGGCGAGGCCGUCUUCCUGCCCUUCCGCAUGUCAUCUUUCGUCCUCUCCAACCUGAUCGUCACGGCGGGCAUGCUCCAGCCCGGUCUCGGUAACGGCGGCACCAUCGCCUGGCAGGUCGUCAACCAUUCGCUGAAGUUGGCCAUCAACUCGGCCAACGCCAACUAG